AUGUCUCACUGGAUAGCUCUCGCCUUGGCAUUUGCCAGCCUCCUGGCAGCUGCCCAUGCUGCAACGCUGGGGGUAGUGUACACUGAAGGGGGAUUUGUACAGGGAACCAAAAAACAAAUCGGAAUCCUUUCUCCAAGUUACAUUGAUACUUUCAAGGGAAUUCCUUUUGGUUCUGCUCCUGGUGUCCUGGAGAAGGCAGAAAGUCAUCCAGGAUGGUCAGGUACCCUGAAGGCUACUGAAUUUAAGGAACGUUGUCUGCAAGCCACCUUAACACAAACUGAUACCCGUGGAGAACUUGACUGUCUUUACCUGAAUAUCUGGGUUCCUCAUUCCGGCAAAUCGGUCUCCACGAACCUGCCAGUUAUGAUAUGGAUCUACGGAGGAGCCUUUAUAUUUGGUGGAGCUCAAGGAGCCAAUUUCUUGGACAAUUAUUUGUAUGAUGGAGAAGAGCUGGCUCUCCGUGGCAACGUCAUUGUGGUGACCUUCAACUACAGAUUGGGACCACUGGGAUUCCUCAGCACAGGAGAUGCCAACCUCCCUGGAAACUAUGGAUUGUGGGAUCAGCAUAUGGCUAUAGCAUGGGUGAAGAGGAACAUUGCUGCUUUUGGAGGAAACCCAGACAACAUCACCAUUUUUGGGGAGUCUGCUGGGGCUGCCAGUGUCUCUUUGCAGACGCUGUCGCCCUAUAAUGUUGGUGUGUUUAAACGUGCCAUCAGUCAAAGUGGGGUUGGGCUGUCCCCAUGGGCUAUCCAGGAGGACCCUCUCUUCUGGGCCAAAGAGAUUGGGAGAAAAGUUGGCUGUCCUAUAGGCGACACUGCCGCCCUGUCUAACUGCUUGCGGAUUACAGACCCUCGUGCUCUCACCCUGGCCUACAAACUGGAUUUGUCAAACCUUAAAUACCCUGUGGUACACUACCUGGCUUUCUCACCAGUCAUAGAUGGAGAUUUCAUCCCUGAUGACCCAAUUCAUUUAUUCCACAAUGCAGCUGAUGUAGACUAUCUAGUUGGUGUCAACAACAUGGACGGACAUCUGUUUGCAGGCAUGGAUUUAGCCGUCAUCAACGAACCUCUGAAAAAAAUUUCUCCUGCCGAGGUACAGAAACUGGUGAAGGAUCUGACUCUGCCUAAAGGAUCGUCAGGAAUGGACCUGGCUUACAAUCUUUACACAUCAAACUGGGGGCCCAAUCCCGAGCAGGAGCUCAUGAAGAAGACAGUCAUUGAUGCAGAGACAGAUUACAUCUUCCUGGUGCCCACUCAAGAGGCACUGGCCCAUCAUUACAUGUAUGCCAGGACUGGAAGGACGUACAGCUACCUGUUCUCUCACCCAUCCCGUAUGCCCUUAUACCCAAGCUGGGUGGGUGCUGAUCACGCCGAUGACCUACAGUUUAUCUUUGGAAAGCCAUUUGGAAACACACUGGCAUACAGACCCCAGGACAGGGACGUGUCUGGGACAAUGAUUGCUUACUGGACCAACUUCGCAGCAACUGGUGAUCCGAACAAGGGGCCAUCCAAAGUCCCCGCCACUUGGCUUCCCUACGACACUCAGUAUGGACAAUACCUGGAGAUCAAUAAAGAUGUGACCUACAAGUCCAUGAAGCAGGGACUGCGUUCACCUUAUGUACGCUUCUGGGCCCAAACUUACCGCAAUCUGCCCAACUUGUAAACAAUUUUCCAACCAAUAAAGAUAAA